AUGCAGAAUAUCACCAUGGUAAGGGAAUUCAUACUUCUAGGCUUCACUCAUGACUUCAGGCUUGCCAUCUUGCUUUUCCUGCUGCUGUCCAUCACCUAUAUUUUGACCCUCAUGGGGAACACCAUGAUUAUUGUAAUCACGUUGAUGAAUCACCAACUGCAUACACCCAUGUAUUUCUUCCUGAGACACUUCGCCAUCUUGGAGGUUGGGUUUACCACCACUGUUAUUCCUAAAGCUUUGGCCAACAUAGCGCUUGGCCACAAGACUAUCUCCUUACAAGGUUGUUUCACACAAUCUUUUCUGUACUUUGUGCUUGGAACCAUGGAGUUUAUUCUGCUGGCAGUCAUGUCCAUGGAUAGAUAUUUGGCCAUCUGUAACCCUCUGCAUUACCCAGCCAUAAUGACUGAUAGAACCUGCUCGUGGUUGGUGCUUUGCUCUUGGGUUGGGGGUUUACUUUUAAUUAUGGGCCCCUCAGCUAUAUUAUUUCACAUGCCAUUCUGUGGCCCAAACACCAUCAACCAUUUUUUUUGUGACAGUGGACCGUUGAUCAAACUUGUGUGUGUUGACACAAGUCUGCUAGAAUUCAUUGAUCUCCUCACUGCUACUCUUUCUCUCUUUGGGUCUUUAGCCAUAAAUAUUGUCUCCUAUGCCAAUAUUAUUUCUACCAUCUUUCAUAUCCCGUCAACCACAGGGCGGCAGAAGGCUUUCUCCACUUGUGUUUCUCAUAUCACUGUGGUCUCCAUCACUUAUGGGAGUUGCAUUUUUAUGUACAUCAAACCGAGCGGUGCUGGCAAGAUAGACCUCAGCAAGGCAGCAGCUGUUCUUAACACUGUCGUAUCUCCUUUGUUGAAUCCAUUCAUAUACUGCCUGCGGAACAAGCAGGUCCAAGGUGCCUUGAGAGAUACAUUUAGAAUGUGCACUGUUGUUUUUAAGAAUCCACCAUGA